AUGGCUCAGCCUUCUUCCCCUGGUGCUUUGAAGCAAGAUCUUGAAUCGGGGUUGCAACACCCCGAUGAGCCCUCCUCGGAUGAUCGAACGGGACGCGCACCUCGUAUCCAAUUCGGCGAUGAGGUCCCUCCCGAAGAGAGAACCGGAGGAAUUUACCAUUCACGGCUCAAUCGUCACCGGUCACUAAGCCGGGAUAGCAUCAAAAGCUCUCACAAUGCGGCCCAAAACAACAAAACCGCCGGCAUUCCCAUCGAGUUCCGAACCCUCUCGUUCCAGAUCUCUGAGUCCCAGCAUGCAACUCAGGAGGUCAUCAAGGAACGACAGGCCAAAGAAACCCCAGAUCAAGACUACUUUGAGAGCCUGGACUACCACAUUCUGAGCCCCGAUCGGCUCACCCAGCAGCUCAAUGUGGACGCCAGAACCGGGCUGAGCUCGUCGGCUGCGGCCUCCCGGCUGGAGCGGGAUGGCAAAAAUGUCAUCGCUCAUCACCGUGAGAACUACCUCAAGAAGAUUCUCUUGUACAUUUUCGGCGGCUUCUGCUCCAUCCUGUGGAUUGGUGUCAUCAUCUUCUUCAUUUGCUGGCAACCCCUCAGCGACCCGCCCUCCGUUCCCAAUCUGGCCAUGGCCAUCCUCGUCCUCAUUGUGAUCUUUCUGCAGGCAGGCUUCUCUGCCUUCCAGGACUGGUCGACCAAACACGUCAUGAACUCGAUUCUCAAUCUGUUGCCGUCCGAAGCUCUUGUUCUGCGAGACGGCAAGCAGGUCCGCGUGCCCUCGACCGAUCUCGUCGCUGGCGAUAUCGUGCAUGUCUCCAUUGGCGACAAAGUCCCCACGGACAUGCGUCUGAUCCAGACUUCGGGAGACGUUCGCUUUGACCGUGCAAUCCUCACGGGAGAAUCCGAUGAGAUCGAGGGCGCAAUCGACUCGACGGACGCCAACUUCUUGGAAACGAGAAACAUCGCUUUCAUGGGAACCAGUGUCACCAACGGUAAUGCGGUCGGGGUGGUCGUGCUCACCGGCAGCCGGUCUGUCAUGGGCCGCAUUUCCAAAAUGACCACCGGAGUCAAGGAGAAGCCCACCCUGAUCCAAAAGGAGAUCACCCGUUUCGUGACCAUCAUCAUCGGUCUGACCCUCACCCUGGUCUUGGUUAUUUUGUUCACCUGGGUUGGAUGGCUGCGCGUGGACCACUUCGAGUUCAUGAACGUGGUGGCCAUGUUGAACAACGUCAUGGGCUGCGUGGUCGCUUUCAUCCCCGAGGGCAUGCCGGUCGGAGUCGCGCUGACCCUGAUGAUGGUGGCCCGCCGCAUGAAAGCGAACAACAUCCUGCCCAAGGGGCUCGCGACGGUGGAGACCUUGGGGUGCGUCAACGUCAUCUGCUCGGACAAGACGGGCACGCUGACGCAGAACAAGAUGUUUGUCAAAUCCCUGGGCCUCGUUGAUCAAGAACUCCAAGUCGACCAGCUACAGGGUGGCCAGGCGGCACUGAGCAGUCUGCUCCGGGGUUCCUUCCUGUGCAAUGAUGCCUCGUUUGACCCCGCGACCAUCGCGCUGCCCGUCAACGAGCGAGAAGUAACGGGCAAUGCGACGGAUGCCGCCGUCCUGCGCUUCGCCGAACUCGCCCAGCCCAACGGUCCGUCGCAGUACGAGCAGUACGAAAGAAUCCAUCAGAUCCCGUUCAACUCGAAGAACAAAUGGAUGCUCACCAUGCACAAAGACCCCCAGCACGACACCGGCUACCUCACUUACGUCAAGGGCGCCCCCGACGUUCUCCUGCCCCGAUGCACGUCAUACUACUCCGGCAUCGACAACCGCGUCAAACCCAUGGACGAGGCCGCCCGGAGGAUGUUCUCAGAGUUCCAAGCCUCGCUGUCCAGCCGCGCGGAGCGCGUCAUCGUGCUCUGCCAGCGACACUACACCCCGACGGCCGCCGUGGGAUCGAACGAAUUCAACGACGAGAUCCUGGCGCAGGGCGUUCAAGACCUCACGGUGAUCGGGAUCUUCGGCAUCAUCGACCUGCCCCGGCCCGAGACGGCGGCGACGAUCGCGGCGUGCCGCGGCGCAGGCAUCCGCUUCUUCAUGGUGACGGGCGACUUCGGGCUGACGGCGGCGGCGAUCGCGCGCGACGUGGGCAUCUUCACGGGCACGGCGGCGCCAGACACGAUCGACGACCUGCGCUUGUCCACGAGCGACGAGGACAGCGAGAAGCAGCAGCAGCAGGUCGCGCGGUCCCGGCGCAGCCUCCUCAUCGACGGGCCGCACAUCUCCUCCCUCACAGAGGAGCAGUGGAACACGGUCUGCCAGUACGAGGAGAUUGUGUUCGCGCGGACAUCGCCGGAGCAGAAGUUCCGCAUCGUCGAGGAGUUCAAGGCGCGCGACAGCGUGGUCGCGGUGACGGGUGACGGGGUCAACGACGCGCCGGCGCUGCGCACGGCGGACGUCGGCAUCGCAGUGGUGUCCGGCAGCGACGUGGCGAUCGAGGCGGCGGACCUGGUGCUGCUGGACCGGUUCGACUCGAUCGUCGACGCGAUCCGGCUGGGCCGGCUCGUCUUCCAGAACCUGCAGAAGGUCAUCGCGUACCUCCUCCCCGCGGGCAGCUGGUCCGAGAUCUGGCCAGUGCUCAUGAACGUCUUCUUCGGAGUGCCGCUGCCGCUGAGCUCGUUCCUCAUGAUCAUCAUCUGCGUCUUCACCGAUCUCUUCCUCUCGCUGGCCCUCAUCAUGGAGAAGGAGGAGUUCGACCUCCUGCGCCUCCCGCCCCGCAACCACAAGACAGACCACCUCAUCAACCUCCGCAUCUACGCCCAGUCCUACCUCUUCAUCGGCGUCAUGGAGGCCUUCACCGCGCACGCCAUGUUCUUCCUCUACAUGUACCGCGCCGCCGGCAUCCCCUUCCACGCCCUCGUCUUCGCCUUCGAGGGCUACGCCGACGGCUUCUACGGCUACUCCGCCGACGAGCUCACCUUGUUCAACAACACCGGCCAGGGCGUCUACUUCGUCACCCUCGUCAUCCUGCAGUGGGGCAACAUCCUCGCCGUCCGCAACAAGCGCCUCUCCAUCCUCCAGGCCGACCCCUUCUUCCGCGCCCGCCGCCGCAACCCCUGGCUGCCCCUCGCCAUGCUCGUCUCGCUUGCCAUCGCCAUCUUCGUCACUGAGGUCCCCGGCUUCCAUACCCUGUUCAACACCGCCCCCGUGCCCAUCGAGUACUGGCUCAUCCCGCUGCCGUUGGCGCUGGGCAUUCUGUGUAUGGAUGAGAUCCGGAAGUUGCUGGUGCGCUUGUUCCCGACGGGCAUUGUGGCGCGGAUUUCAUGGUGA